AUGGGAUCUGUGGCGUCUGGUCCCCUGGCGCCUUCCGAUGUAGGAUCUCUGCAGCCGGUGUAUAGGGAGCGGCUGCUCGAGCAGCAAGGUUUGGAGGCAGCGGCAACGAAUGGCGUUGCUGCUUCUUCGCUCGCAGUGCAGCAACUGCUUGGCUUGGGGGAGGGAGACGGCCGCGCUGCACUGCUGAACUUUUUCUCGGGGCCUCGCUGGGCUGACGUUCUGCAACAGCAGCAACAGCAGCAGAAGCAGCAGUCAGAGGGAGCCACAGAAGCCGCGGCAGCAGCCGCGGCAGCAGCAGUGGCAAAUGUGGAGUUGUUACAGAGGGAACAAGAGGCUCUCCGGAGUCUCGCGCUGCAGCAGCAGGAAGAGGAAAGACAGGCGGCUCUGCUCUCCGCAACAGAAUCGGAAGCAGCAGCAGAAGUAGAGGCAGCGGUUGGCACGCAAACAGCGGUGGCUGCCUCCACUGCAGGAGCCUCUUCCCGCAGGUGUCGUAACUGCCAGCAGCAGCAACGCGCGUUGUACAUUGCGGCAGCUCCCGCAGAGUUGAUCUUGGAGGGCCCCCAUGGCAGCGAGGCCCCCAACGUUUUGUGUUGCGUUUACACGGGUCACCCCUGCAGGAGUCCUGCGCAGCAGCAGCAAGUGCAGCAGCAGCAGCAGCAGCAGCAGCAAGUGCAGCAACAGCAGCAAGUGCAGCAACAGAGCAAGAGCGGCAGCUCCAGCAAUCCAUCGCCAACGUCGCCAAGGCUUAGCAGGAGCUGCAGCACAACCUCCCUAGCUACGGGUGGCAGCGUGCUCAGUGACUCAGAGGAAGAGCAGCUGCUGUUGCAGCAGCUGUUGUCUCCUCAUGCUGCGCUCCCGUUGCACGGGGUUGUCGUCUUCGAAGCUGAAAGAACCCUCCACAGAGGGAAGCCGUUUGCUGUCAGGACUCGUACAAAGAAGCAGCUGAAGCAGCUUAAAAGGCAACUGCUGCAGCAGCAAACCAGAAAGAGGGUCUUUCUUCCGCCGUUGCGCCAUCCCCGGCAAGUAGAAAAUCAACAGAAUCACCACUACCAUCACCAUUACCAGCAUCAGCGCGAAUUGACGCCUCCCGCGGCGGUCCGUAAAAAGUCCGAUCACCUUGACCUCCAUGACUCUCACUUUGAGUGUACGUCCAUCAGAGGCCCUCCGCAGCAAGAGCAGCAAGAGCAGCAAGAGCAGCAAGCGACAGCUCAGCGAGUUCGCCGUAGCAGCUGCCGCUCAGGGCUCAGCAGCCUCUACAGUAAGAGCAGCGGCGUAUCACUGCAAAGAACUGCGCAAUCCUGGAUCCCUCAGGCAGCUGCUGUUGUUGGUGCGGUGCGCAGCAAGCACCGCAUUGCUUCUAUUGAGCAGCAGCAACAGCAGCAGCUACAGCUGCAGCAGGAGGGGGAGGGGGGAUCCGAUGCUGUUGCCAAGUGGUGGACAGAUAUCCAAAGAAGGUUUUCCAGCAUUUUUCUUCCUGGACAAGAGGGAGAGGAACCCGCUGCUGCUACCGCCGCUGCUGCUGUGACUUCAACAGGAGAUAGCACGCCCAUGACAGCGGAAGCCGUUGGAACAAGUGCAACUGCAGCAACUGCAGCAACUGCAGCAACUGCCCCCGCAAGCGCAGCAUCUCCCCUGUAUAAGGCACCCUUAGGCUUCUCCUUUUCCCCCGCGGGAGCUUCUGCAGGCGCCUUAGCUGCAGUGUUGGGAGGACUUGGUCUUCGCUUUUUUUUAGCCAUAUCCUCUCUGCAGAGAAUGUCAGCCGAUCUGAGAGCUGCAGGAACGGCACACCGUUUGGCCUCUGUCUUGAAACGCGAGCUGAGAGCUGUACUCCCCGAGGAUUCGGCGGAAAUUCUCAACGCCAGGCCUGCCCCCGUUACUGUUACUUACACCACCGUUUUCCCCUUUCUUGAAGGGCAGUUUGUAUCCUCAUUUUUCUCCGUCUGCGAUUUGAUUGAGUGCCUUGUGGCGAGCUGCAACAUCCCUUUCUACCUGUCGCCAUGGCCAACAGUGACCUGUAGGGGCCGUCAGGCGGUAGACGGAUACUUCGCUACCAAACACAAGGAAUUCGGCUGUCCAGACACGGGUGCCAUCAGAGACGUUAAAGUCGUGCCGUUUUCCGCCGCCACAAUUCGUCUUUCGACGCAACCAGGUUGCUGCAUCAGUCCCGACCUGCAGAAGCAGGACGCGUGUAUUGUCUCUUACCUGCGGGCUAAGCACAGGCUGCGCAUUCGUGCUGCUGCAGCUGCCGCAGCAGAGGACGGGAAGCAAGAGGUUCCUUGCAGCUGCACUGCUGUCGCCGCGGCUGUUGCCGCCGCAGCCGCAGCCUCAGUGCCGACUCUCGGUAAACAGGAGCUGCCGCGAAAGGGUGUAGCUCAUCCCGCAAGCAGCACCAGCCGCGGCGCGUCAGCGUGGCUGAUGCCGCGGCCGCAACAGGGGGAGGCGCGCAGCAAGCAGCUGCAGCAGCAAGAGCAACAGGCAGCCGCAGCUGCUGCAGCAGAAGCUGCAGCAGCCUCGUGUCCGCGUUGCUCCCCCCUAGGCCUUCUUUGCCCUCCCCCGCAGCUGACCUACUAUUAUUGUGAUCCAUUAGAUGAGGCCUUUGGCACUGGACUUGUGGCUGUGGCUGGCCAGCACUUGCUCCCGGAUAUGUCUAGGGGCAGCACCGCAUCCUGUAAAGACGAGUGUGAGAGUUGCGGCUGCUGUUGCGGCGCGACUCUCCUGCAGUUGAGAAGCAACACGCAGGAGCUGCUGCAGAUGGCACUUGAACCGGCAGCGCCAAAAGCCAUGGAGGAGCUUUUUGAUUUGGGAAGAGCCGAUGCCUUUAGGUGGCUAGUGCUUGAGUACAUGCGAUGCGAGGAGGCCUUGCAGAAACAAGCCUGUGCUGCUGCUGCCGUUGCUCAAGGAGCCGUGCCACCAGCAGCGUUCGAGGAAGCGGCAACAGAAGAGGCAGGCAAAGGAGCACAGAUCAACAGCGGGAUCGUCCACAAGACCAGCAAAGAACUGCUGGGAACUGGAAGAAUCUCGAGCGACACCUCUAGUGCUAAAACAACUGCCUGCAGCAGUAGGGCGCAGGUGCAGUGCAUGCGCAAGCAAGACGCGCCGCAAAAAGCAUCCAGUGGUGGAUGCAUGCAAAGCCUUCUGCAAAGCGUCGACCUUGGCGUCGAAUUCUGCCACAUAUACAGUCAUGCACAUCACUGGCAGCAACAGCAACAGCAGCCGCAACAGGAAAACCAACGGCAAGAGGCGGGAUCGGUGCAGCGCAUGCAAACGGAUUCAAUGGUUUGCCGUGAAGAUGAUCAGCUGAGGCAGCAGCCCGAGCAUCUCCGGCAACCCGUCGAGCAGCAGCUACACCCUCAGGAGAACUGGGAACGUGAGCAGGAGCAGGAGAAGAGACAGUGUGAAGAUACUCAUGCCUCGGCUGCAACGGCGUCUACCUAG